CUCUUACUAAAUUUUAUGCCUUUUUUUCCACAGUAUUUGCAAACGCUACAUUUGCAGUCAUGUGACCUACUUGACAUUUUUGGUGGAAUCAGCUUCUUCCCGUUGGAUAAAAUGACUUAUUUGAAAAUCCAAUCCUUUAUUAAUAGAAUGGAGGAAAGCCUGAAUAUAGUCAAAUACACUGCGUUUCUCUAUAACGAUCAGCUCAUCUGGAGUGGAUUAGAACAAGACGACAUGAGAAUUUUGUACAAAUACCUUACCACUUCCCUUUUUCCAAGGCACAUCGAGCCCGAGUUAGCAGGAAGGGAUUCUCCAAUAAGAGCAGAAAUGCCAGGAAAUCUUCAGCACUAUGGAAGAUUUCUUACCGGACCCUUGAACCUUAAUGAUCCAGAUGCAAAAUGCAGAUUCCCCAAAAUUUUUGUAAAUACAGAUGACACUUAUGAAGAGCUCCAUUUAAUUGUUUAUAAGGCCAUGAGUGCGGCUGUGUGCUUUAUGAUCGACGCCUCUAUCCCGCCAACGCUGGAUUUUUGCCGAAGACUGGAUGGCGUCGUCGGGCCCCAGCUCACGGUGCUGGCCUCUGACAUCUGCGAGCAGUUGAACAUCAACAAGAGGACGUCUGGGUCUGAGAAAGAACCCCAGUUUAAGUUUAUUUACUUCAACCACAUGAAUCUGGCUGAGAAGAGCACAGUUCACAUGAGGAAAACGCCCAGUGUGUCACUCACUUCCGUUCACCCGGAUUUAAUGAAGAUUCUCGGUGACAUCAACAGUGACUUCACCAGAGUGGAUGAGGAUGAGGAGAUCAUCGUGAAGGCCAUGAGUGAUUACUGGGUUGUUGGAAAGAAGUCUGAUCGGCGGGAGCUCUAUGUUAUUUUGAAUCAAAAAAAUGCAAACCUGAUUGAAGUAAAUGAAGAGGUCAAGAAACUUUGUGCAACGCAGUUCAACAACAUCUUCUUCUUGGAGUGACCGAUGGCUCACCGAAAGCGUAUUUAAAAAACGCCCGGCAAACAUUUGGUCAUAUGCAAGUUAUUGGUCAUAUGACGGACUGCAUUCAGGACAAGGGAAAAGCAAUACUUGAUUUGAAGAAUCACAUUUCUACUCAGUCUCCUCCUGAUCGCCUGAGGUUUUUAGAUUUUAAAUAUUUAUGUGGAAUUAAUUAAAGGUAGUUGACUAUAUCUCUGUCAUUCCAUUCUUUUGACAUUAUGUGAAUAUUUUACUGGAAAAUAAGAUUAAUAAAUUGUUAAAGUUUUUAAAA